CUCCGGUCUCCGGUCAGUAGGAGGCGGGUCUCCCGGUAUCCGGUUCUCCUCAAAGAAGAGUCGCUGAGCUCCGGCGGAGUUUAUUUCAGUCAGACUCUGGACCGAGAGCUUCUCCUGCUGCCUUUGGACUGAUCUUCACAGGACUGCUUCCUCCGGGAUGGCCGCGUCGAUUCUGGAGGAGGAAACACGUUAUGGAUCCAGUCCCUUGGCUAUGCUAACCGCAACCUGCAACAAGUUUGGAAACACCAGUCCAGUCCGAGAUUCCGCCACACCUGGUAAAACGGGAAGCACGGUACCAGUUAAGAAAGCCUACAGCAUGACCUCUGAACUCCAGAGCCCUAAGAAUAACGUGCGAGGCAAUGAGGGCAUCGCGGACUCUUACAGCGGCUCCUUCAGCUCCGCCGGGGGUUUGCUCACCCCUACCGGCAGCCCUCCUCCAGCUCCCACGGGAGCGUACGGCUCCGAAUACAACCCGUUCUCCAGUUUCCAAACCUCUAGUGCCUCUCAAGACCCUUCGCUCCUGGGGACCAAAGCCACCGCGGACUGCCUGACCAGCGUCAACACCUACUUGGACAUGACGCAUCCCUACGGCUCCUGGUACAAGGGCAUCCAUCCCGGAAUCACGGCUGCUCCUGCGAACGCAACAUCUUCUUGGUGGGACGUCCACACCAACUCAAACUGGCUAAGCGCAGGACAACCUCAAUCCGAGAGCCUCCAACCGGUUGCACCUCAAGCAUCCCUCAAUUCCCAGAUGCCUAGUUACGCUCCUGAUUUUACAUCUUUAAAUCCUGCACCAUAUCCGUCCGUAGGCUUGAGCUCGCUCCAGUCCUCACAGCACAUGCUCCCUCAGGACAUGUACAAGCCCAAACCCAUCCCAACUUCUGGAAUCCUGGACAAUUCCAUGGGGCUCAAACCGGCUCGGGGAUCUCCCGGAUACACCGGCGGAUCUACCACCGGAAGGUCUUCUUGCGAUUGUCCAAAUUGCCAAGAGUUGGAGAGGCUUGGUGCCUCGGCCGCAUCCCUGCGCAAGAAACCCGUCCACAGCUGCCACAUUCCCGGCUGCGGGAAGGUUUAUGGCAAGGCUUCGCACCUCAAAGCCCACCUGCGUUGGCACACGGGCGAACGACCGUUCGUCUGCAACUGGCUCUUCUGCGGGAAGCGGUUCACUCGCUCCGACGAGCUGGAGCGCCACGUCCGCACGCACACGCGAGAAAAGAAGUUCACGUGUCUCCUGUGCAACAAGCGUUUCACGAGGAGCGACCAUCUCAGCAAACAUCAGAAAACCCACACGGAAGCCAGUCUUCAAGGGAAGGGUCCGGAAGAGGAGACAGACCCCAGAGGAACCGAGGAAUCAGCGGAUUCCAGUAAAGUGGCUCCUCAGGGGCCCGUGGGUGGCAUGCAGGACCCAACAGUUGGUGGAGAUGAAAAGAGCAGCACAGGGAACGGUGUGGACGGCAGCAGUGGGCUGCUGGAGAUAUAAAAGGGAUGUGUGAGGAAUCAGAUGAAGACUCUGAUAAGUGGAGCUACUGUUGCAUUGGUGCUAAGCUGCGUAUGAAAAGAUUCCUGUGUUUUAUUAUGCAAUCUGUUUUUAGGAACUAGUCGAAUAUGUUCCACGGAGCGCAGCGUAUCAUGAACAUUUUCUAGACUGGGAGAAAUUAAUUACACUGCUAGUCAAAAGUAGUGGGCUUUUGAACAGUAAGAUAUUU